GACAGGAACACAGACAGACAUACCCACCACCACCCUCUUCCUCCUCCGCUUUUCUCUCUCACUCUAGAACCUUGUUUCUCUCUCUAAAAACAUCUGUCACCAUUCUACCUUUUUCCUCUCAAAUCUUUGCCUUAUUCCAAUGAAUCUAAACCCUCAAGAAAUCGAAAAAAGCUAGUUUAAACUGUCGGUGAAUUAGCUUAUAAAUCUUUUCAAGAAUCCACUCAGAUCUAUCAUGGGAUCUCUUUUUCAUUAUUGUUCUCAGUAAGGCUAGAAGCACUCAGAUCUGAAGCCCUCUGCUCAACUUUUUAAAGUUCAUCAGUUGAGAUAGAAUCAAGAUGAUGCACAGACCACCUCCUGAUGAUUUCUCCCUCAAGGAGACGAAACCGCAUCUUGGCGGUGGAAAAAUCACAGGGGAUAAGCUCACUAGCACAUAUGACCUUGUGGAACAAAUGCAAUACUUAUACGUUCGUGUGGUGAAAGCGAGAGAUUUACCCGCUAAGGAUGUUACGGGUAGUUGUGACCCGUAUGCUGAAGUUCGGUUAGGAAACUAUAAGGGAACAACUCGACAUUUCGAGAAGAAGUCGAACCCGGAAUGGAACCAAGUGUUUGCUUUUUCUCGAGAUAGGAUUCAGUCGACGAUGCUCGAGGUUGCCGUGAAGGAUAAAGAUCUUAUGAAAGACGAUUUCAUGGGUUGGGUGUUGUUUGAUCUUUCCGAGGUUCCGAAGCGGGUCCCGCCGGAUAGUCCUCUAGCUCCGCAAUGGUAUCGGUUGGAAGAUCGAAAAGGGAUGAAGCUGAAAGGAGAGAUAAUGUUAGCCGUGUGGUGGGGUACUCAAGCAGAUGAAGCUUUUCCGGAAGCGUGGCAUUCGGAUGCUGCAACUGUCGGUGGGUCGGAUGCACUUGCUAAUAUCCGGUCGAAAGUGUAUCUUUCGCCGAAACUUUGGUAUCUUAGAGUUAACGUGAUCGAAGCACAGGAUUUGAUACCGAGUGAUCGAACGAGGUUUCCGGAAGUUUUCGUGAAGGCACAGCUUGGACACCAGGCGUUACGGACUAGAGUAUCGAUGAGCAAGUCGAUAAAUCCUAUGUGGAAUGAAGACUUGAUGUUCGUAGCCGCAGAACCGUUCGAAGAACACUUGAUUUUGAGCGUCGAAGAUAGGGUUGCGCCUAAUAAAGACGAGAGUCUCGGAAUGACUAUGAUUCCGUUACAGUACGUCGAUCGAAGGCUAGAUCAUAAACCGAUUCACUCCAAGUGGGUUAAUCUUGAAAAACACAUUAUGAUCGACGGGGAAAAGAAGAAAGAAGUGAAAUUUGCUAGCAGGCUUCAUUUACGGAUCUGUUUAGAAGGCGGUUAUCACGUUCUUGAUGAAUCUACUCACUACAGUAGCGAUCUUAGACCUACGGCUAAACAGUUAUGGAAGAACAGCAUCGGUGUCCUUGAAGUGGGAAUCUUGAGCGCUCACGGGUUAACACCGAUGAAGACAAAAGACGGAAGGGCAACAACAGAUGCGUAUUGUGUGGCUAAGUACGGUACAAAGUGGGUCCGAACAAGAACAAUAAUCGACAGUUUUACUCCGAAAUGGAACGAGCAGUAUACUUGGGAAGUUUUCGAUCCGUGCACAGUUAUAACCAUUGGUGUGUUCGAUAACUGCCAUCUGCAAGGCGGGGAUAAGGGUAACGGGGCACGGGAUUCAAGAAUUGGUAAGGUCAGGAUCCGUUUAUCAACUCUCGAAACUGACCGUGUGUACACCCAUUCGUACCCGCUUUUAGUUUUGCAUCCGUCUGGGGUGAAAAAGAUGGGCGAGAUUCAUUUAGCCGUGAGGUUUACAUGUUCGUCGUUGCUAAACAUGAUGCACAUGUACUCGCAACCGCUGCUGCCGAAAAUGCACUACAUUUAUCCGUUAACCGUCAGCCAACUCGACAGCUUAAGGCACCAAGCCACUCAGAUCGUGUCGAUGCGGCUUAGCCGAGCCGAGCCGCCUUUACGGAAAGAGAUCGUGGAAUAUAUGCUCGAUGUCGGGUCACACAUGUGGAGUAUGAGAAGAAGUAAAGCAAAUUUCUUCAGAAUCAUGGGGGUUUUCGGUGGUUUGAUUGCGGUUGGAAAAUGGUUUGAUCAGAUAUGCAAUUGGAAGAAUCCGAUCACUACGGUUCUGAUUCACAUUCUUUUCUUGAUAUUGGUUUUGUAUCCGGAGCUUAUUUUGCCGACGAUUUUUCUCUAUCUUUUCUUGAUUGGCGUUUGGUACUACCGAUGGAGACCGAAGAACCCGCCCCACAUGGACACUCGCCUCUCGUGUGCAGACGGUGCUCACCCUGACGAACUCGAUGAAGAAUUCGACACGUUUCCGACUUCUCGCCCUGCUGACAUCAUCAGAAUGAGAUAUGAUCGUUUACGGAGUAUAUCCGGAAGGAUCCAAACCGUGGUUGGUGAUUUAGCGACACAAGGAGAACGACUUCAGUCGUUACUCAGCUGGAGAGACCCGAGAGCUACCGCACUGUUCGUCAUAUUCUGUUUAAUCGCUGCUAUUGUUUUGUAUGUCACGCCUUUUCAAGUCGUGGCUCUGUUAACAGGCUUCUAUGUGCUAAGACACCCGAGGUUCCGCCACAAGCUGCCAUCUGUCCCGCUCAACUUCUUCAGAAGAUUACCCGCAAGAACCGACUGCAUGCUUUGAGAAAACUAUCCUGGUAAGAUGCAUACAAUUUUCUUGGAACAAUAUUUUGUACAUCUUGUGGUUGUGAGAACACAGGGUCAUUCGCAGGUCGUAACUUGAAUGUGUCACCUAUUGGUUUGUAGUUUUUUAGGUUAUGAUUUUCAUUUGAAUCUAUCGAUAGUUGUUAUUAGUAGUAAUGGUUUCUUGUUAAUGAAUCUAUCUGAUGUUUCUUGAACUAGUGGUUUCUUGUUAAUGAUUCUUAAUUUGUGGAAUA